AAAGAACAGGAAGUUGUCCACACCUCCCUUUCCACUUCACAAUAAUCUGUCACGUUUUCACUCAAUAGACAUCACGGCAGCAUUCACAAAGUGCAGAGCCCUAUGUCGGGAAGAGGCAAAAAGAUGAAAAGGUUCUGUAGAGACCCUCGGGAAGAGAGGUGCACACAGUAAUGGAAGAAAAGUGGUAGGAAUAGUAAUGGACACCUGGAUGUGGCAUUUUAGGGUCCAGAGGGGCCUUUGCAGCCAUGGGCCACUGCCAGGGUUGAGUAGGAGAGCAAAAUUCCUAAGCAUCAGACAUGAGGUAUGGCCACAGGGCAAGGCCACUGGCAGAUCCCUCCCCAAUCUCCAUCACCUCACUGUGGUGGUGAGUGCUGUGGCAAGGGAGCUCAGGCCACAGACUAACUGGUAGCUGGGGUUCCAGGCCUGGCUCUUUCCUUUCUGACCUCCAUGCCUGUUUCUUCAUCUCUCAUGGAAUAGUGCUGCUCAACUCCCAUGGUUAUUGGAAGUUCGUACGUGUGUUUAACUCUGCUUAUAAGAAUGCUGUCAUUGUGGCCCAGAAGAAUCGAUCUGACUGCCCCAGGUUGUAGAAGGUGACAGAGAUAUACCUUGGUAAAGGUGGUGCCCAGCACAGAGUAUGUGAUCAAUUGUUGUUCUUUAUUUUGUGACAUAAAACUUUAAAAUGUGACCAUUCUAGAACUGGGGAUGUUGCUCGAUGGUAGAAUGCUUGCCUGGCACACACAAGGCCCGGGGUUCAAUGCCCAGCAGUACGAAAAAUAUGUUUACACACAGAGUUUGGUUUUUAGUACAUUCAUUGCCAUGUAACCACUAUCACAGUCUAAUUCCAGGACAUCUCCAUCACCCCAAAAGGAAACCCCACAUGCCUGUCAGCAUGUAGUCCUAAUUUUCCCCACGCAUAUCCUGGCCACCAGCAACUGGCUUCAUUAUGGAUUUGCCCAUUUUAGGCAUUUCAUUUAAAUGCAAUUAUACAGCAUGUGGCUUUUGAUCUUUCACUUACUGUUCUAGUUUCCUCCAUGUAGCAUGUCAGUACUUCAUGUGUCCUUGCAUGUGUCAUAGUUGGUAGACAUUUCAAGGGGUUAUUAUUAGGACUUUGGUUUUCAGGUUCGUUAUUCUUUGCUUUCGUUUUGUGUUCUGUGUUUUGCUUUUUUUUCUUUUCGUUGUUCUUGAGACAAGGGCUCACAACGUAGCCCUGGCUGUCCUGGAAAUCACAAUGUAGGCGAGGCUGGCCUCGAACUCACAGAGUUCUGCCUCCUGAGUGCUGGGAUUAAAGCUGUCCACUCCUACGCCCUGCUGCUUCUAAUUUUCUGAGAUAGGCUGUAGCUCUAGCUAGCCUCCAGCUUGUAGCUACCCUCCUGUUUGUCUCUCCAGGGCUGGGAUCACAGGCAUGCGCCACCAUGCCGGAUGCGGUUCUGUGACUCCAAACCAUACACCCUGUCAUAGGGGCAGUGCCUACCAAACACCUGUCCUUUAUUUGGCCUCGACUAUCUCAUACAGCCCUGCGAUAUGGGGCAUUCUUUUCCUUGAGACAAGUGAAGCCUAAAGAUGGGGAUCUGCCGAGAUCUUACAGUAUACAGGAAAAUGCGGACUUUUUAACGCCAGAUUCAGGGGCGGCAGGAAAGCAGGACGCUCCUGUUCCUCGCUUACUCCCAGCACGUGGCAGCGCUCUACCAAUCGGAGCAGGGCAUCCGUAGUCAUGGCAACAGGGGCUUCUGUGUUCCUCAAAUUGCGUGCCACUUGCAAAACUUUCUGGCGCUCGACUGCCGUGUUCUGGAGACACGGAUCCACCACGCACGCCGUACUUGUGCAUGAGUCGUGCUCGCUGUUCGCCGCAUCCAGCACGUGCUCCACAGCGCCGGGGAAGCCCCCUGCGCCCUACAGCGGGAAACGGGGCGAGGGCCAGGAUUGGCUGGAAGCCUCAUUGUGCUGUCUAGGCUCUGGUGAGGGGCUGCCAAGAGGUCCAGAAGGCCGUGUACUUUUCUAGGAUUCGCAUGCUACACACUAGCGGAAGGAGUGAAAGCCUUAUGGCUUGGAAGCCAAGCCCGGCCGCUUGUGCCCUGCACUCUCCAAGCCAGCGUACUUCCUAGUUGGGCAUCCAUGCGGCCCACACUGAAGAAGAGAGGCCGUGAAAGCGUCAGUUCUCGAGCUCCUGACUGCUGUCCGACUACAGUCAAGGGCGGGACAAAGCACUGCCGCUUAAGAGGUAGACAGAGACAGACAAGAGAUGUGGGACCGACGGGCUUGAAGACGCCUGUCCUCACUUCUCUCCUCCCAACUGAUGUGGUAUGGCAGAAGCCGCCGGCCAGUGUCCCUGACCACCAUUCCCAGGCACAUGCUCAGAGUCCGUCAGAAACCCAGGCCAAAUACAAACACAAGCUAAGGAGAGGAGCCAGGUUACGAGAGCCCCAGAGAGCUGAGGAGCACAGGAGCAGUCAGGUGACAUUCAACUUGUCAGGCACACACCUUGGGGACUUCCAGUCUAGUACUUCCACAGACAAUGAAAUUGAUGAACCCUCCAGGAAGGUCCCUGUUGUCUUCAAUCCUGAGCUGGUCACUGCCCACUGCUUCAGGAGGUUGAAGCAGAAAGACUUCCAUCUGCCACAGAGCCGCCGGAGGAUCAUCAUUGUUCCUGGCACAAAGGACCAGGCGCCAGUCAACCCCAUGUUCCUGCCCCAAGCUCCCCCGCUACCCAUCCCUACCUUCAAAACCCUGCAGAUUGAAGACAUCCAACAGCCUCCAGUGGACAGGAAAGCCUGGCUGAGCCAGAGGGCAAAGCUCCGGAGAGAGCUGGAGUCCUUUGGUGACAUCAGGAGGUGGCUAGAGAACAAGCCCAGCAUUACACCAUCAGAGGCCAAGGUUCUAUACAUGAUUCAGCAGGAGCAUAAAAUCCCCAAAGACAGUUUGACUAUGACAGUGGCCUACAAGGUGAGUGACCUCGAUGGCCAGAAGAGGCUGGAGGCUUCCAGAUCAUCCCGACCCUUACACCAGUCUGUGCCACAGCUCCGGCUGCCCAAGCCCUCUGCCCUGUCAGACAUGUACUCCUACCUGCGCAGUCACAAGAUCAAGAUCCUGGAGGUAUUUAACAAGGUGGAGCGGGGUGAGAACCAGCGAAUCUCCAGGGAAGAGUUCAUCAUGACUCUGAAGGCAAUUGGAGUCCCUCUGAAGAACCAGGAGCUGGAGGACAUAGUGAUCUACCUUGGUUCUCUUGGGAGGCAGAAUGCCAUCACCAUCAAUGCCCUGGCCAGCACCUACAAGCAGUGGUCACUGUCCCAACAGAGAAGCACCGUACCUACUGCCAGGGAGUAUUAUAGGUUGAGUAAGCAGAGAGAUUCCCUGAAGAGUCGACCCAAUAAACAGCAGGUGGAAUCAGCCCCACAGCUUCGCAAGAUGGACCUGCUGAAGGUGCCUGAGGAUGACAUGAUGGAGGCAAGGCCCAUGACACUAGAGGACAUGGAGGAUGUGGGCAAGCGGUACCGCGAGAGGCAACGGCAGCACAAACUCUCCCUCACCUCCAUCCAGUACAUGGAGAGCUGCAGGCUGGUACGCUGUGGGAACAAGUACUUUGAUGAUCACUGUCUGCCGUCCACCAUGCAUGGGGAGAUGGAGGAGCUGGUCAACCUGACCCACAGGGAUAACUUCCUGGUUUACCUCCAGUGCUGGGAACUCUGCGAGGCCUAUGGACUCAUGCUGACAGAGGACGUCCUAAUGAGAGCACUGCUAUACCCAGGAGACAAGAUUAUUUCUCUCAAAGGAGAAGUCCGCCCGAUCCGGCAGCCUGGAGGCUAUUACAGCAAUGAAAAGAUUGUCCACAGUCUGCCAGGGUUUGGGACCCAGAACCUCCAUAAGCUUGGAGCCAAGAAGACAGACAAGAAAAUAUCAAAGAAACUCAAGAAAAUGGACUUUAAGGAGUUCAAGGAAUUUGCUGGGAAGCUGAAGGUGAAGAAGCCCACUAGUCCCCAGCACACCCACCCCAAUUACUUCUGGCCAGGUCACCUUCUGGACAAGCUCCGGCUUUAUCUGCCUACUGUGGCCAGCGACCGGAGCCUGGCACUCUUCAGUUGUGUCCAACACAAGCACCAUGCCUACCCAGCCACCUAUCACUCUGAUAACUGGUGGCCCAUGAAGGAUGGGACUUAUAUGACCCCUGCCUAUUAUGAUGCCACCAAGGUGUAUUCUAUAAACUAGAGUGGCCCAGGGGUUGCUAGUCCAGUCAGCCUGGACCAGGAGACAGUGUAGCCAAGGCCCAGAGCUGCAGGCAUAGAGGUACCAAAAUACAAAAGAAACUUCACAAGGAUAACCUAGGGCCACUUCUCCUGAAACUGUUGUUCAGUGCCUUGGUUGUGAAUGUAAAAGAACACACAUGCUGUGUUUGUUGCCCUCUCAUGACCUCUGCCCUUUCAAAAUAAACAAGG